AUGACUUUGAAGGUUUCUCUCUUGAUAAAAUGCUUCAUCAUCACAUUAAUAUUCAUCUUCUCUUUUUCAUCAGCAGUAGCUACCACCACUACUACUACUGGUAGCAUAAACUGGUGGUGCACCCAAACCCCACACUACCAAACAUGCAGCCACUACGUCGCGGAUCAUAACAUCUCUUCCGCCACCAUAUCUGCAAAAGAAUUCCUAGAUAUAACCGUAAAAGCAGCCAUAGAUGAAGCGCGCGUAGUUUUGAAACGUAGCCAAAAAAUCGAGUCUAAAUACCCAUAUAAUGCUCGGGGAAAAAGCUCAUGGCGUAACUGCGUAGAAUACUUUGAUGGUAUUGUGUUUACACUCAAUGAAGUCCUUGACCACAGACUCAAGCCAACCCCACAUAAUAUCCAAACAUGGCUCAGUGCUGGUUUGACAUACAUCACCAUGUGUGAAAAUGAGUUCAAAUUGAUCAAUAUGACCAACAACAUUUUACCCACUAUCUCUGUCAAUUUAAAAGAAUUACUACUCAACUCUUUGGCUAUUAGUGUCGUUAUUAGACGUGCGAGUACUAAUAAUAUUAUUCCUAAUGGCGGGUUGGUCAAUCAGAAUAUUAGUAAUAAAAACACGCUAUCGACGUAUCUGGCUCAAGAUGAGCCAGAUGUCGUGGUGGCUCAAGAUGGCUCGGGAGAUUUUAAUACGAUUCAAGAAGCUGUAAAUUCUGCAGAUUCCAGGAGACGAUCAGAUAGGUUUGUGAUUUACGUGAAGGCAGGUACCUAUAAUGAACAAGUUAUUAUCCCGAAAGAAGUGCAAUACAUUACCAUGUAUGGUGACGGUAUAAAUCAGACGAUUGUCAGUGGUGAUCGUAAUUUAGGUGCCAAUAAUUUGAGAACCAUGUCUUCACAGUACUUGCAAGACACAGCAACUUUUCUUUGGUUCAUUUGGAUAGCAGAAGUUUGGAGUCGUGGAUUUAUGGCUAGAGACAUGACAUUCAGGAACACCGCGGGGUCAGAGCUACAUCAAGCGGUGGCACUUCUCUCCGGCUCUGACCAAUCAGUCGUGUACCGCUGCAGCAUUGAAGGCUACCAAGACACACUUUAUACAACCCAAUACACCCAAUUCUACAAAGACUGUAAAAUCUUUGGAACGGUAGACUUCAUUUUUGGAGACGCUCAAGCGGUGUUCCAAGAUUGCGACAUCUUUGUUAGAAAACCGUAUCCCCAUGGAGGGUUAGUGGUAACAUCUCAUGGCCGAACUUUUGAAAACGAAAGCACAGGAUAUUCAUUGCAAGGGUGUAAGAUAGUUGCCGGAGAUGAUCUUAAGCCCAUUAUCGGUCAGAUAAAACCAAGCUUCCUAGGAAGACCAUGGCGCCCAUAUGCGCGGACCAUUUUUAUGCAAUCUUUUCUUGAUGACAUAAUUGACCCACAAGGAUGGCUUGAUGAUCAGGGCUACUAUGAAACUUUGUAUUAUGGAGAAUACCAGAACAAUGGGCCGGGUUCUUCUACUGAUAACAGAGUAAACUGGCCUGGUUACCAUAUCAUCGUGGAUCAAGAUACCGCCAAUGAGUACACGGUUGCCAAUUUCAUUUCAGGCAACGACUGGCUUCCUGCAACUGGCGUGCCUUUUACACCAGGGCUUUAUUAA